UCUGUGCAAACCGAAUUACACAGGUUAAAAUGGCGGCUGGAAUUGGCAGUGGGAACCCGCAAAAAAGACCGAAUCAAUUUAACUGGAGUCCAGGGUCGUGGGCGGCCCGGGACGGAUUGGAUCCGUGUAGGUACUGUGUCUGCUAUGCCCUGCUCUACCUCGUCCUCUCGGCCCGUGUGGGGCUUUGCCGGGAAUGCGACAAGGCGACGUGUGUCUACGGGAUGUGUGUGAACGGGAGCUGCAUCUGCGACCAAGGAUGGGUCGGCGAUCAAUGUCAACACUGCGGUGGCAGAUUCAAGCUAACAGAACCUUCAGGAUAUUUAACAGAUGGACCAAUAAAUUAUAAAUAUAAAACUAAAUGUACAUGGUUAAUUGAAGGAUAUUCAAAUGCAGUAUUAAGGUUAAGGUUUAACCACUUUGCUACAGAAUGUAGCUGGGACCAUAUGUAUGUAUAUGAUGGUGAUUCAAUAUAUGCACCUUUGAUAGCUGUAUUCAGUGGCCUAAUAGUUCCAGAGCUGCGUGGAAAUGAGACCGUACCUGAAGUAGUUACCACAUCAGGCUAUGCAUUACUGCACUUUUUUAGUGAUGCUGCUUAUAAUUUAACUGGAUUCAAUAUUUUUUAUUCGAUUAAUUCCUGCCCAAACAAUUGCUCAGGCCAUGGAAAAUGUGUUACUGGAAGUACUAUUGGUAGGGUGUUCUGUGACUGUGAUAAAUAUUGGAAGGGGGAAGCCUGUGAUAUUCCGUAUUGCAAGGACAACUGUGGGAGCCCAGAUCAUGGAUACUGUGAUUUAACUGGAGAAAAGCUCUGUGUUUGCAAUGACAGCUGGCAAGGACCAGACUGCUCUUUAAGUGUUCCAUCCAAAGAAUCCUACUGGGUACUGCCAAAUAUCAAGCCCUUCAGUCCUAGUGUGAGCCGUGCAUCCCACAAAGCUGUUGUAUAUGGGAAAUUUAUGUGGGUAAUUGGUGGAUAUACCUUUAAUUAUAGUUCAUCACAGAUGGUCCUCAAGUAUGACUUGGAGAGCAAUGGGUGGACAGGAGUACCCAUAACAAGCGAUGUGAGGCCGCUUUCAAGGUAUGGACAUUCUCUAACCUUGCAUCAGGAUGAUAUUUACAUGUAUGGGGGAAAAAUUGAUACGGAUAAUGGAAACAUUACAAAUGAACUAUGGAUCUUCAACAUUCCCACUCUAUCAUGGACAGAAAAAACCCCAACAGUUUUAGCUCAUGGGCAACAGUAUGAUUUGGAAGGACAUUCAGCACAUAUCAUUGAAAUGGAUAGUGGAGAUGUCAUCAUGAUCAUUAUUUUUGGAUAUUCUGCACUUUAUGGUUAUAUAAACAGUGUUCAAGAAUACAAUAUAAGUAAAGACCAACACGUGUUAGUGACUGAGACGAAGGGUGCAAUAGUUCAGGGUGGAUAUGGACACAGCAGUGUUUACAGUGCAGCAACAAAAUCGAUUUAUGUACAUGGAGGAUACAAAGCAUUUAGAAGCAAUGAGUAUGGCUUGGUGGAUGACCUCUACAAAUACACUGUAAAUAGCCGCACCUGGACAAUUCUGAAGGAAAGUGGAUUUGCCCGUUACCUGCAUUCAGCUGUCAUCAUCAGUGGAGUGAUGCUUGUUUUUGGAGGGAACACUCACAAUGACACAUCUCUGAGUAAUGGAGCAAAAUGUUUCUCUGCUGAUUUUUUAGCAUACGACAUUGCUUGUGAUGAAUGGAAUGUUCUACCAAAGCCCAAUUUGCAUCGUGAUCUCAAUAGGUUUGGGCAUUCAGCAGUUGUCAGCAAUGGGUCAAUGUACGUGUUUGGUGGCUUUUCCAGUAUGCUUUUGAAUGAUGUCCUUGUAUAUAAGCCUCCAAACUGCGAGGCUUUCGAUGAAGAUCUUUGCAUAAAUGCUGGCCCGGGUAUCAGAUGUUUGUGGCAAAAGCAUCACUGUACUCCAUGGGAACAGGGUCAGAGUAAUGGUAGUUUCCAUGAAGUAAAAUGCUCCCUCAAAGCGAUGUCUUCGGAUGAAGGAUGUUUUAAAUAUACGGACUGUGCCAGCUGUACUGCAAAUACAAAUGGGUGUCAGUGGUGUGAGGACAAGAAGUGCAUUUCUUCUAGCAGCAAUUGCACUAUGUCUGUGACAAGCUAUACCAAAUGCCGUGUACGAAAUGAACAUGUUUGUAGCAAAUUCACAAACUGCAAGACCUGCUCUUCAAAGCUGAAUUGUCAGUGGGAUCAGCAGAACCAUGAAUGUCGAGCUUUGCCAGCUCAUCUUUGUGGAGAAGGGUGGAGCCACGUUGGGGAUGUCUGUCUCCGGAUUAAUGCAAGCCGAGAAAACUAUGAUAAUGCCAAACUUUAUUGUUACAACCUUAAUGGGAAUCUUGCAUCUCUUACCACGUUAAAGGAAGUUGAAUUUGUCUUAGAUGAGCUGCACAAAUACACGGUUCAGAAAAUAUCACCUUGGGUUGGAUUGCGCAAGAUCAACAUCUCCUACUGGGGCUGGGAAGAUAUGUCACCUUUUACAAAUACUACCUUACAGUGGCUGCCUGGUGAACCCAAUGACUCUGGCUUCUGUGCAUACCUAGUAAAAGCAGAAGUUGCUGGUUUAAAGGCUUAUGCAUGCACAGAAAUGACAGAUGGCUUAGUCUGUGAAAAGCCCGUUGUGAGUCCAAAUCAAAGUGCAAGACCAUGCAAGACUCCUUGCUCCCUCAGAGCAACGUGUUCAAAUUGCACAAGCCAGGGUGUAGAAUGCAUGUGGUGCAGCAGUGCUCAGCGUUGUGUGGAUUCCAAUACUUAUGUAAUCUCUUUCCCAUAUGGGCAGUGUAUGGAGUGGCAGACUACAAAUUGUCGUUCUCAAAAUUGUUCUGGACUUCGUACAUGUGAACAGUGCUUGGAACAUCCAGGUUGUGGCUGGUGCAACGAUCCCACAAAUACAGGAAAAGGGCAAUGUCUGGAAGGCUCUUCAAGAGGACCAAUGAAAUCUGCAGGGAAGAAUACUCAUGAAAUGAUACUCGAUACAGUUCUUUGUCCAAAAGACAAAAACAAUGAAUGGGCUUUUAUUCAGUGCCCAGCAUGUCAGUGUAAUGGGCAUAGUACUUGCAUCAAUGGCAGUAUAUGUGAACAAUGCAAGAAUCUCACUGUUGGAAGACAAUGUGAAGCUUGCAUGCAAGGAUACUAUGGAGAUCCAACCAAUGGUGGCAGAUGCCAGCCUUGCAAAUGCAAUGGACAUGCAAAUGCUUGUCAUGCACAAAAAGGAAAUUGCUUCUGCACAACAAAAGGAAUCAAGGGAGAUCAGUGCCAGUUGUGUGAAUCGGAUAACCGUUACCUUGGCAACCCACUCAAAGGAACCUGCUAUUACAGUCUUUUGAUUGACUACCAGUUCACCUUCAGCCUCACCCAGGAAGAUGAUCGGCAUUACACUGCUAUCAACUUUAUGGCUACUCCAGAACAGAUGAACAAAGACCUUGACUUGUCUAUCAAUGCAUCCAACAACUUCAAUUUAAAUGUCACAUGGUCCAUAGGAUCAACAGCUGGAACAAUAUCUGGAGAAGAAGUACCUAUAAUCUCAAAAACGAACAUUAAGGAGUACAGAGAUGGUUUUUCCUAUGAAAAAUUCAAUUUUCACAACAAUCCAAAUAUCACAUUCUACGUAUAUGUUAGCAACUUCACAUGGCCCAUCAAAAUACAGAUCUCCUUUUCACAACACAGUAGCUUUAUGGAUCUGGUCCAAUUCUUUGUCACAUUUUUCAGCUGCUUCCUGUCAUUACUUUUGGUGGCUGCAGUUGUGUGGAAGAUCAAACAAACUUGCUGGGCUUCUCGAAGGAGAGAGCAACUUCUGCGGGAAAGACAGCAGAUGGCUAGUCGACCUUUUGCAUCCGUUGAUGUAGCCCUGGAAGUUGGAAGUGAACAACCAGAUAUUAUAAGAGGACCACUGGAGGGAUCUCCCAAACCAAUUGCUGUGGAGCCUUGCUCAGGAAACAAAGCAGCAGUUCUGACUGUUUUUAUAUGUCUGCCACGAGGUCCAACUGGCACCCCGCCCCCUGGCCAAACAGGUCUUGCAAUAGCCAGUGCUCUUAUAGAUAUUUCACAACAAAAGCCAAGUGAGUGCAAAGAGAAGACUUCAGCAGUUAGGAACAGAAAGCAGCUCCCUCCAACACAUCAAGGAACUUGUGUAUAAAAAAAUAGAAACUGCACUUGUUUAUUCUUUAAGCCGUUUUCCUUUUUGAUAUGGCUUUGAUUUAGAGCCACCCAACAGCCUCAGUUUUUCAAGAGGCGACAAGAAUAUUAAAAAAAAACUUGCCCUGUCAUCUUCCAUAUGAAGUCAGCGAUGGGUCCUGUGCCGGUGGAUAGAGGUCACACUUGUCUUCCACGAUGUCAGUUUGAUUUAUUACAUUUUCACACCAUUAACCAUGUUUGUAAAUAUGAUUGCGGAAAUAAAAUUAGAUAUGUUAAAUGACCACAGAAAUGUUAUUUUCAUUUUAGCCACAUGCUGAUGGCAAUUGAUUGUGGUUUGAAUAACUAUCAAUAUUUAAGGAUGUUAAAGUAUUAAUGCAAUUGUGUUAACAGAAGAAUGAAUGUUUUUGAAAUAUGCAGUACUGCAACUUUGGUAAAUGUGAAGGGGGAAGAAAGAAAGGCAUAGAUAUUGAUGCAUUUGUUACCGUCCCUGAAGUUUCCAAUUUUUUUCAUUCUGAAGAGGUCAUGGAAUAUUACUGUAGUGUGCAGUUUGAUUCAUGGUUACUUGCAUGUUACAGUCGUGCUGGAUCAAUAAUUAGAAAUCCAUUGUAUGUUAAUCAUUUGAACAAAAUAUACAUCUGUUGCAAAUUAUGACAUUCCUGGAUUCUGCGUUUACAUUCUUAGGGAAUACAUUAAUGCAUUUUACUGCUCUGCUAUCUGGUUGAAUCAGGAGGGCAAUUGUUAAAAAAUAUUAUUUAUUGCAGACGUCUAAGAGAAAACUGCACACAACCACAUUUUCUCAACAUUUCAAUUAAACACAGCCUGUUUGGUGUAAGUUGACCAACAACUGUCUAUUACUGAAGAAAACAAAAUUCAUCCAAGCAUGGAAAGCAGAUUGUGCAGUCCCCCUCAGUAUUCAUCAUGUAAGUAAUUUUGAUAAAUAUUGAUUGGCAUGAUAGCUGAGAAAUGAAGGACACAGGGUAGAAGGAGAACGUGAAUCUGUGGUCCUUUUUUCAGUUCUUGGGUGGUUUAGAUAACUGAUUUUAUUAUAUAACAAUUUAACUAGACAAUAAAUUCUGUGAAAGUAUUCUAUCUUCCUUCAUUUAGGAAAGUGCUAUAAUUUUUUUUUAUAAAGUGCAACCCCUCUGACAGCUGCCAUGGAACACUUGGCUCUGUAAAAUAUCUAUUCUGAUUCUCGUAUUUCGAGGAAAUCUAGUAGGAUUAUAGUAGUCAAUGAUCAUGGACCGCCCCCACUAUAUCAAUAGAAGCUGUUCUUUUCAUGUAACAUUUGUGUUGAAUUGCACUGAUCUGUGGAAUUUUAGUUCUAACCUGUAAUGGGAUCACUUUUAAGUCACUGUGCAUUAAGGACUGAUGAAAGCUCCAUUGUUUUUCAUGUCUCAUGUUUUGGGUAGGGGUGCUGUGAUUUUGUUGUUUUACUCAUUUGUGUCUCACCACCUAAUUCAUUCAUUUGUAAAGUUGUCGCAUCUGUAAAUACACAUCUGACAGCAUCAGUCAGGUGAUUGCACAAAGAAGUAUUUUACACUGAAAUGUUUAGAUUUGUAUCAUUAAAGAACAGCCAACAUAAGUUCUGUGUUAAUCUGGGCCUAUGUAAAACAAUUUUGAA